CAAAGGAAAUGAGAGGAAGCACUUCCGGGUCGCGGCUCAUUGUAUUGGUCUCCAUCCCCGUUGCUCGAGAACAAGUCGAAUCUUCAAGGCGGAAAAGACAUAUAAACAAGUUACAUUUCUUCAUUUGAUUGGCGGCAAAUGCCGCUGUCUUGAAGACGUUACUACGCACAAGCUCAGUGUUCGACGUGGACUUAGAGUCGUCAUGGAAACAUCGAAAUCACCCAGGAGCGGGAAACAUCACUCACGUUCCAGAUCACGGUCAAGGGACAAAAAACGCAAAUCGGGUGAGAAGAAGCACAGAAGAUCCCGCAGCAGAAGCAAAGAGCGUGCUAAUGCACGAAGAGACACUCUGAACAGAAGACGCUGCUGACAGAUAGCAAAAUUAUAUGCCUACACCUGGACAGGCACGGCGGAGGGACCUGGACAAGACGGUCAGAUCGCACAGCCGGUCCGAGGACACGCUGCACGGUUCGGAUAAAGAGCGCGAGAGGCUUUCAGAAGACAGCGGAGAGGAGCGACACCGGCGAAAGGACAAGAAGUCCUCCAGAGGAAGAAGCCCAUCCAGAUCACGCUCAAGGGACAGAAAGCAUCGUAGUCGAAGUCGGGACAGAAGAAGGUCUCUGUCGCGCAGUCGCGAGAGGCGAUCAAAGAGUCGCGAGAGGAAGAGACGACCCAAGUCCCGAUCCAGAUCGCGUUCCAAGCACAGGCAAAGGAGCAAGAGUCGCAGCAAAAGCAGAGAGAAGAAGAAAAGGGUUGAGAAGGUGAAAAGGAAGAGUCACAGUCGCUCUGCCAGUCCUGUGGCUUUCAGGGGCAGAAACACAGCUAUGGAUGCACAAGAGGCGUUGGCCAGGAGGUUGGAGAGAGCCAAAAAACUUCAAGAACAGAAAGAGAAAGAGCUGCUGGAAAAACACCAACAGCAGCAGCAAGAGAUCGUAGCAGCAGCAGCAGUGGCAGCAGCGCCGUUGCUCUGUGACAACGCCCCAGCUGCCGUCUCCAGUCCGGCGCUGAACGUGGCCGCGCUGCUUGCUUCUGGCACACAGGUCACACCACAGAUCGCUAUGGCAGCUCAGAUGGCAGCGCUGCAGGCUAAAACACUGGCGGAGACGGGCAUCGCUGUGCCGAGCUACUACAACCCCUCAGCGGUCAAUCCCAUGAAGUUUGCUGAACAGGAGAAGAAGAGGAAGCUGUUAUGGCAGGGGAAGAAGGAAGGGGAUAAGUCCCAGACUGCAGAACUUUGGGAGAAGUUAAACUUCGGCAACAAAGACCAAAACGUGAAGUUCCGCAAACUGAUGGGCAUCAAAGCUGAAGACGACCCAUCUACUGGAGACCUCAACGAGGAAGGCAUAAAGACGCUGCAGCAGCAGGAAGAAAUGUUCCGUAACCUGGACGUGCAGUACGAAAUGGCACGCUCGCAGACGCACACGCAGAGGGGGAUGGGCCUGGGCUUCUCCACGUCUUUCUCUUCGCGAGGGAUGGACCCUGUCUGAAAAUCCGCCGUUUCACUAUUCCAUCAUCGGCUCAGCUUGUUUUUAACGCGUGUAUAGAAAGCUGACGCUUUAGAUCGCAUGGAUGUUGGUUUGCAUCUGUAAUUUAUUCAAAUACCAGUUUUUGUCUUGAAAGAAUCCAGAUGUAAAUACGAGUGAUAUGGUUUUAUGUUUUUUUGUUUUUUUUUUGGUAGGAUUGAACUGCAGAUCUCCGGAAAUUUUACACAAAGGUGCAAUAGGAUGCCGCAUAGCUUUAUGGGGGAUUUGAAUGUUGUAACUUCAUUUUCAUUUCUUUUUUUUUUUUUUAUAUACAUAACUCCGUUUCCCGUGUGGAUAGAACAGAUGUUGCUUAGAAUCCUGCUAUGAAGAACAUGACCGAACUCUUACCAUCAAAAAACACUGGCAUAGUGGCCACAAGUGUGCCAAGCUGUUGUAACUGCUAAACAUUAAAAAUUUUUGUUAGUCCACAAAUAUUACUGUGAUUAUUACCAUCUUUCAGUAAAUAAAUAUGAAAAUGUUUACCCCUUAAAGAAUUCCUAGUCUUAGAAAUGUGGGGAGGGCUGUUCUUCAAAUGACUUUUUGAAAAAGGUAUCCUUACAAAAAAAGAUCAUUAAAUUCACACUGAGCUCCACAGAGGCAUGGCAGAGAAAUGUAAUUAAUUAUUAAUUAAUAACAAAAACUGCAGGGCACUGAUGAUGAACAAGCUGUUUUGUCUUUUUCAUGCUAAUGAUUAGUGACAUCUGAAAGCCAAGGGAAUAAAUUCCUAACAGUUUGGAGUGUU